UAAUAGGUUGAGCCAUCGGAGAUGUGCCCCGUAAGAACAAAUUUUAACUGGUUUGAAAGCACUAGAGACUCUGUGGAUGCGGGUUUGGCGCAGGAAGAAUCUAUCGUAUCGAAAGGUUGGGAGUAAAUCUAUCUCCCAGCUGUUAGACCCUGUUAGACCAGUUAUGAUUUCUGGAAAAGUAUGGAUUGAAGUGUUUGUGCCGCAUGGAAAUGCGAUGAAUCACCACUACGCUUAAUGGAUUGAAGUACAACUGGGUGGCUUAGAACACGUAAGAUAAGCUGACAGGCCACGCGCUUCUAAACAAUUUAUAUAAGUUUGUGUAGGUGCAGUGAUCCUGUUGGACGUGUGAUUGCGGCACGGUUCUGACACAGCCCCAUUGCAAGACUCUUUUCACCGUAAGCUUGCUGAUUGCUCGAAUAUUGGUCAACUCCAUCUACGUAUCCCAGAAUUCUCAUCAUGAGAACCGAUUCAACGCCAAACUACUCUGAUGUGGUGUCUGCGACCGGAUUCCUUAGGCCUCGCGCCUCCCGCUCCAUGGCUAGUUUCCAGGAACACCUUGCCACCUCCCAUCGCAUCCUCGCUCUUCUGGGUGCUGGGCUUUCUGCAUCUUCGGGUAUACCAACAUUCCGGGGAGCAGGAGGCGUCUGGCGCACGCACGAUGCGACGCAGCUUGCUACGCCGACCGGCUUUGCUGCUGACCCGGUACUAGUCUGGGAGUUCCACCUAGAACGACUGGAGGAGAUGAAAAAUAAAGGGCCCAACGCUGCGCAUCGUGCACUUUCAGAACUCGCAUCAAAGAACGAGCAAUUUCUCGCCCUGACAAUGAAUAUUGAUGACUUGAGUGAAAGAGCUGGGCAUUCGGCUGAGAGUUUGCGCCACUUGCACGGUCGUUUGGAUGAUCUAAGAUGUAAUAUGUGCGAUCUUCAUCUAUCAAAGACAGAUUCAGCCGCUGCUCUUGAACCACUUCUGCAAAACGAUUCUUCCACCCCGUUAUCCCUCGGCGAUAUACCCCGUUGUCCUCGAGGCGAGUGUAAGGAUGGGCUGCUGCGACCCGGGGUGGUUUGGUUCACUGAACCACUUCCACAGGCUCUGCUUGAGUCUAUAGCGGAGUGGAUAGGAGAUGAGAACGACAAUUCGAGAAGGAUCGACACCAUGUUGGUCAUUGGAACCAGUGCUCUCGUAUAUCCUGCAACUGCAUAUAUUGAGGGGGCUCGAAAGAGAGGAGCGCGUGUUGCGGUUGUUGACAUCGAGCAAGAAGAUCCAUCGUUGUUGGGUCUUGCGGAACAAGAUUGGUACUUCCAAGGCGAUGCUGCUACUUUGGUACCUGUAAUGCUGGGAUAUCUACCAUGA